GGGUGAAACCUGACGAAAAUCCAAACCCCAGUUGUUACAGAGAGGUAGAGGAAAGAAGGGACUCAAGUAAGCGUGGGAAAUGGCCGGCGAAGAGCCUGUGAAGCAGCUUGAAGAUUGCUCCGUUUCGAAUGCACUGGGGACAUGGGUAUUCUCUGUGGCUGGGGCAUUGCUUGCGAUUCCGGUGGGGAUACGACGGAAGUCUCUGGCACCCCUGGUAUUUUUUGGCACGACUGGUACCAUGCUUGAUAUUAUCAUGGGAAUCAGCCAAUGUGAAAGGGAACAUGCAGAACGCCAAAUGAAGCUUCUGGAAGCUGAAAAUGUUUCAACUGAAGCUUCUUUAGUGCAGUCAGUGAGUGAGUCAUGAUAAGUUUGGCCUCUUACAUUCUGUUUUCUAGUGUGACUGCUCUUGUUAAUUUCCUUUCUAUGUAUAUCUUAGAGUUUUUGAAUUAGUUUUAUGUCAACUAGUUCUACCGAGAUUACGUAGUGCUUUAAAAUCUCCUCUUUUGAUUGUUUUGGCCAAUGUCGUGAUUGGAUAUUUGAGUUUU